AUGGGGUGCUGCCCCGGGGACUGCUUCGGCUGCUGCCCUCAAGAGGAAAAUUGCUGUGAAAUGUGCUGCUGUCAGCCCUCCUGCUGUGGCUGCUGCGGGUCCUGCUGCGGAUCUUGCUGUGGUUGCGGAGGCUCAGGCUGCGGAGGCUCGGGCUGCGGAGGCGGAGGCGGCUGCUGCGGGUCUUCCUGCUGCGGCGGAUCUGGCUGCGGGGGAGGUGGCUGCGGGGGCGGUUGCUGCGGGAGCUGCUGCGGAUCCGGUUGCUGCGGCUCCACUGGGUGCUGCGGCCCUGUUUGCUGCCAGCCCACCCCUGUCUGCGACACGAAAUGA